AUGUAGAAUUAAAUACAUAUGCGUAUAGUAAGCGCAUUCUAAGGUUGAAAGUUCGUAUUGCAAGAUCAACGUUACAACGGCAUUUAUUCUGUUUACAUGAGCUGCUUACGCUGUUGUUUACACUUUGCUUGACAUGCUUUCACCAUCGGAGGUAUUGGCGGGAAAUAAGGAGAAAGAAUUUAUUAAAAAUUAAGUGCUUAUUUUGGCACAUUUUUCAUUCAGUUUAUCAAAUUAACAAAUUUAUUUAGAAAACACUCGAAGCAAGAAAUUUUAUGAUCGAAGAUUCUACGUUUCCGUACAAUAAAUAGUUAAAAAAAUCCGAUGGCAGAACGACUUGAAGAUCUUAAUUUACCAAAUGCCGUUGUGACAAGAAUUAUAAAAGAGGCCUUACCAGAAGGCGUUACAAUUGCUAAGGAUGCUAGAAUAGCUGUAGCAAAAGCAUCUUCAAUUUUUAUAUUAUAUUUAACAUCCUCCGCGAAUAUAAUUGCUAAAAAAGGCAAUCGUAAAAUGUUAAGUGCUCAAGAUGUGCUUCAAGCUAUGAAUGAUGUAGAAUUCGAUCAAUUCAUUGAUCCAUUGCACGAAUCGUUGGAAAAUUUCCGUAAAGCUCAAAAAGAGAAGAAAGAUGCAACAUCAAAGAAGAAACAACAGAGAAAGGAUGAAGAUGAUUCAAUAGAUGAAGAAGAUGGAGGCAGAGAAGUUAUGGCUUUUUGAUGUGUUAAAUGUAUAAUUAUCUAUGAAACUGGAAACAAAUUCUACGCUGUUUUAACUAUUUUACAUAAUUAGCAUAUAA